CUUUUCAGAUCUUUCUUCCUGAAAGAAAACUGUCCCUCAUGAGGAACUAAGAUCAAUGACAAUGUGAGAGUGUAAGAACCAUAGAGUCACUUUGCUUGAGAUGGAGAGUAGGAGGAGUGGAGAAUAUGGAUAUCUUGGGCAUACAGGCUAUGGAAGCAGCUAUAGGGCAAAACCUAUAGGAUUGAAUUCUGGCAUGGGGUUGUCAAGUUCAACUCGCAGUUCAGCCACAACUUCAUCCCCACAUCCUCUGAUGCCCAGUACCAGUUAUGAGACUACUCUCUCGGCAGGAAAGGGCUAUACAGUCCGUCAUUUUCCAACCUCCCUCACAUCAUUGCGCUCGGGAUCACUGCGUUCUGGCUAUAGCUCCUCAAGUUCCAAGUAUGAUGCUGCAUACCGCAGCAUUCCUACUGCUUAUCCAGCAUCUGAUUACUCUCCACUCUAUACUCCAGAGUAUUCUAGGAGUCGGUAUACUCCAUCUACAACUCCAACACCAACACCCUCUCGUCGUACAAGCCUUAACUCAGUGAGUUCCAGUACUGGAGUAUCAGGGGUUACUGCAAGUGCUGCUACCAAUCCUGGUGGUGGAUCAUACUCCUUCUGGGACUGGUAUAGCAAGCGCGGUGAUAAUUUCCGAAUAGGACGAUCUUACCAGGACACACAGUAUGGAGCUCAGAAGAGUCUAAGCAGUGGCAGUGUACCCUCAGGUGACAGUGGUCACCAUCGUCGAGGUAACCUCUCAUCACACAAGAGUGGGUCUUUUUUCACCCUCAAAGAAGAUAAAGAGAAUGACCUGAAUUUUGAUGAGGUAGAGGAGGAUCAAAGCAUAACCAAUUCAUCAUAUGGUUCCAAGGCCAAGAGAUUAUCAAAGUCAAAUGUUUGUGAUCAAGAAGGAACCAGUGGAAGUAUCUUCACACAUAUACAUUCUCAUGGGAUUGGCAAGAACCAUUCCAAUGUUCUCACUGAAAGACAUGAUUUCAAUACAGAAGGAAGACCCAAGAAUGACAAGUUUUAUGAUAAAUAUGAUGGAAGGAAUGAUAUCCAAUCCCAUGAUGCUCUCCAGGACACCCAUUUGGUAAUGGAAGUAAAAUCUAAAAAACAGGAUCCAUAUGGUAAAGCCUGCAAGAGUGCAUCAAGUGAUCUAGAUUCUGUUUCUGGCGAUGCUAAGUGCAAUCAUGCUCCUAUAGAUAUGAAACCAACACUGCAGAAGCAGCUUUCCUUUCCAAAUUCUUAUUACCAGGCAACACUGAACUAUCCAAGUACUGGUAGUACUGGUGUUGCUUCUUCUAUUCAUAGACCAGAAGAAGUGUCCUAUCCUCGCAAAAAUUCCGAAUCAUUUUCCCAGCAAUCUGUCAAGGAUAUCCAUCAGUACCACUUUCAUGCCCUAUUUGAAGGGAGUCGAUAUCCUAAGCGACGAAACACUUUUGCUUUGUCUGACCACUUGAGUUUAUGGUAUCAUGAAAGAGAAAGACAGAAACCAGCAGAGUCCAAGGAGCAAAGCUUGAAAGAUGAAAAGAAGGACCAUCACCAACGUGGUGCAUAUUCUAUUGAUGAUCGAUAUGGGGAUAGCUGGUUUGGGAAGUAUUAUAAUCAAAGAAAUUGGUAUUCAUCUAGCCUUGGCCAUGGUUCUGAAGUUACCAGCAAAACCAAUUUUGUAGUAUCUCCAGUAUCAGAAUGGAAUGGCAACAGUGUGAGUAAUUGUGGCUCAUCAGAGAAGUUGAAACCAAUCGCUUCUGAAGUAUCUGGAUCAACACCAAUCAAAGAAAAGAGGCGCAAACAGAGAAGCAAGUCCCGUCCCCUAUCAUCUGGGAGCAAAACUCCUUGCAAUGAGAUUGCGACACAUGGUCUCAAUAUGAAUGGAGAAGUUCAGAAGCAGGCAGAUAAACCAGAAGAAUCUGAUCGGGACAAGUCACGAAAGGAGAUACAAGGUCUCAUUGAUAAAUAUACUCAGUGGAAGGAGGAGUAUCUGUAUGGAAAGAUUCAUAAAGCAGAACUUGAAGGGCCCUCUGAAGUAUCAGAAUUGAAACCUCCACCUCAGUCUGAAUACCAACUUUCCCCAAAAUACAUGCACUAUAUCACAGGGAAGUUUGAUGAGGAGGUGCCUGCUGACUUACCCCCCUUGAACAUCCCUCCACCUUUGAUUCCGAGCGUACCUAUGGAUAGCUCAAGAGCACCAUCUAUCGAGGACGACGAUGAUGGUCACCUGAUCUAUCGCAUCGGGGAUGUCCUCCAAGAGAGAUACAAGGUCUUGGCCACUCUGGGAGAAGGCACCUUUGGGAAGGUUGUUCGGGUAAAAGAUCUGCACACGGACAGGGUUGUGGCGAUCAAGAUCAUAAAAAAUGUGGAGAAGUAUCGUGAAGCUGCCAAACUUGAGAUCAAUGUCCUAGAAACUCUUACCAAGAAAGAUCCUGAAGGAAAUCAUCUGUGUGUGAAGAUGCUGGGAUGGUUUGAUUACCAUGGGCACAUGUGCCUUGUCUUUGAGAUUCUUGGCCUCUCUGUCUUUGAUUUCUUGAAAGACAACCAGUAUCAACCAUACCCAAUGGAACAAGUGAGGCAUAUCAGUUACCAGUUAUGCUAUGCUGUCAAGUUUCUUCACGACAAUAAGCUCACCCACACUGACUUGAAGCCAGAGAACAUCUUAUUUGUAGAUUCUGACUAUGAGAUCUCCUACAGCUCUAAGAAGAAGAGAGAAUACCGUCGUGUGAAGAAUACAGAUGUGAAGCUCAUUGACUUUGGCAGUGCAACAUUUGAUCAUGAGCACCACAGCACUGUUGUAUCCACAAGGCAUUACCGAUCCCCAGAAGUCCUCCUGGAGCUUGGAUGGUCCCAACCCUGUGAUGUGUGGAGUGUGGGGUGCAUCCUCUUUGAGUUGUAUCUGGGGAUCACACUCUUCCAGACCCAUGACAACCGAGAGCAUCUUGCCAUGAUGGAACACAUCCUUGGUCCCAUUCCCUACAGGGCAGCAAAGAAGACCCGCACUAAGUACUUCCAUCAUGGGAAACUGGAUUUUGACGAACGAUCAAGUGGAGCUCGCUAUGUCCGAGACAACUGCAAGCCACUCAGGAAGUACCAGCUGAAUGAUGACGAUGACACAAAUCAGUUGUUUGAUCUGAUUUCCCGAAUGCUGGACUACGAUCCUCAGACCCGCCUUUCAUUGGGUGAUGCUCUGAAGCACCCAUUCUUUGACAAGAUCCUACCUGAGAAGAGACUGGGAGAAGAUAGAAAGCGAUUUAAUUGUGAAGGUGAUGCACAGAGGGAGAGUCGGUCCCAUUCCCUAUCCCGGUGACUAGAAGCAUAUGCGGCUGGACAAGAAUUUGGCCCACGUGAACACUCUUACAGUCACCUUCAACAUCUGCAGUGGACUCCAUUCACCUUUUUUGACCACAGGAGUGGGGAUCUGUGAUAGGUUCAUCUCCAUGUGUCUGUGAAGGGGAUCUUCCUGGAUGCAUGUGUCUGUGCCGUCUUUUGUGAUACCGUUGUCUUAGAAUCAUGGAGAAGAUAUUGGAGAGCAACACUCAAUCUUGGUUCAAGCGAUGAGGAAAGAAAUUUCUGUGUGAUUGAGAACCAAUUUAGGUUGAUCUCUAUUUUCAAGAUCCCCAGAGAAGACAGAAGAGAGAAGGAAAGAGGAAAACAUCAGGCUUGUGAUCUAUGGCUUCUGUCAAGAGCAUGAUAUCGUCCCACCUAGUGUGACAUUUUACACUUUUCUGUCUUCUCAUCUCGAAGCAAGACAGCUUAUGGUAGGAUAUUUGACACUGCAGGAUUUAUUGAAUGAACGUUCCAUUAGUCAUGUGUUGCCACAUUGCAUUUCCUGUUCACUGGAAGAAGCGAAAUGGAGGAGGUCUUGUCUUUCAAAUUUCAGUGUUUGUGCUGUUAAACUAGGGCCAGCAGAUCUAAACAUCACAUUUCAUAUUUGCUUGCCCCUGGAUGAUGGGAUCUUCCAUCCAUUGUGUUGGUUGAAGCAAUCAGUGACACACAAAGUCUAGUUGAGUAAUAUUCUCCGUAUGUAAGACAUCUCUCUUUGUGCUUCCGUCAAUGAAGGAAAUUUUGGCAGGCU